GCGACACUCUGAAGAGAGAGAGAGAGAGAGGCCAGCAGGUGAACUACUGACAGAAAGCAGCAAGUGAACUGCAGCUGGAGAGAGAGAGAGAGAGAGAGAAGAUACAUGUGAAAGAGUGAGCGAGAGCUUCACUGGAGGAGACAGCGAGUCAUCUGUCAGAGUGCCGGUCAGUGUCCCGACCUUUCCACGGAGCGUCCAGCUGCCACCGCGUGAGUAAGUUUGCUGCUCCGCUGCACGCGCAGGACCUCAGGUCGGCCCGCGGCCCUGUGACUUCUCCACGCUGCCGAUCACUGUGGUGCAGCUGAGGUGUGUUAUGUAAUUUGUUGUGGUGUUGCGAUGAAGCCGUGGCUUAGUGAUGCAAACCGAUCUGCAGGAGGGUUUACGUGGUAAUGCCAAGCAGAGCAGGCAGGUGUGUGUGUGUGUGUGUGUGUGUGUGUGAGAGCUGUAUUGGCACACCAUGCGUGUGAAUGAACUGGGCAGGACAUUUCUUGCUCCACUUUUACUUUGAUGCUGCCAGAGUAGAAUAUAUUGCAUGUGAGGCUAUUGUUGACGUGUACACACUACGACUUUACAGACAAACAUGUAUUACCGCUUUGUGAUGUAACACGAUAUCUUUAAAUCAACUGUUAGAAAUUAAAGCAUUUUCUUUGAUUUAUAUAUGUGUGUGUGUGUGUGUCCUGAAACAUCUAUUAUGCAUCAGUUCUAAUUAAGAGUUCAGGGCAGCUGAUGCCCCAUCGGAUCCGGGUCUCCCACGGGAGAACUGCUGCCGGGGCUCCUCGGCCCGUUCGUCUAUUGAGCCUGCUGAGAAAAGGAAACAAGAUGGCAGUGACCCGCACAUGUCUACAACACUAGAGCCCCAGCUGUUCCAGCCGACAGUCUCAUACCCCGCUUCGCCAUUCCACAAGACCCCAGAUUUAUUUGAAAUGCUUGAAAGGAUGCAGGGCAGCAGAAUGAAUGAGCAGAGAUGCACCUUUCCUCCCUCACUCAAGACUGAGGAGGAUUACAUACCAUACCCAAGUGUCCACGAGGUGUUGGGCAGAAAAAGUCCCUUUCCUCUCAUCCUCCUGCCUCAGUUUGGUGGUUUCUGGAUCGAAGGGACGAACCAUGACAUGAGUUGCAGAGCAGAAACGGAACCGCCGCAGCCGCUGUCCCCGUCCCCGAACACCCGCACCAAGCUGGCAUGUAAUACCACAGCGACACUCUUCCGGAAGCACUUCCUGGGCAAGGAACACUUUAAUUACUAUUCAGUGGACACUGCCCUUGGACAUCUGGUGUUCUCUCUAAAGUACGAUGUGAUUGGUGACCAGGAACAUCUCCGUCUAAUGCUCAGAACCAAGCUGAAAACCUACCAUGAUGUGAUUCCCAUUUCAUGUCUGACAGAGUUUCCCAACGUGGUCCAAAUGGCCAAGCUGGUCUGUGAAGAGGUCAAUGUGGACCACUUUUGUCCUGUCCUUUAUCCAAAAGCUUCAAGACUUAUUGUAAACUUUGAUGAACAUGUGAUCAGCAACAAUUUCAAGUUUGGGGUCAUUUAUCAAAAGUUUGGACAGACUUCAGAGGAAGAGCUGUUUGGCAACAGUGAAGAGAGUCCUGCCUUUGUCGAAUUCCUGGAGUUUCUGGGGGGGAGAAUUGAGCUGCACAACUUUAAAGGCUUCCGUGGAGGGUUAGACGUGACUCACGGGCAGACUGGUACUGAAUCCGUCUACUGCAACUACCGUAACAAAGAGGUCAUGUUCCAUGUGUCCACAAAGCUGCCUUACACAGAUGGAGACACCCAGCAGUUGCAGAGAAAGAGGCACAUAGGGAACGACAUCGUGGCCAUCUUAUUCCAAGAGGAGAACACUCCCUUUGUACCAGACAUGAUCGCCUCCAACUUUCUCCACGCAUACGUCGUGGUCCAAGUGGUCAACCCCUGCUCCGACAACGUCCUCUACAAGGUGUCAGUGACAGCCCGGGAUGAUGUGCCUUUCUUUGGCCCCGCCCUCCCAAACCCUGCUGUCUUUAAAAAAAGCCCUGAAUUCCAUGAAUUCCUUUUUAUUAAGCUCAUCAAUGCAGAGUACGCAUGCUACAAAGCAGAGAAAUUUUCCAAAUUAGAGGAACGAACGAGGUUGGCCUUGUUGGAGACCCUUUAUGAGGAGCUCCAUGUGAACAGCCAGGCCAUGAUGGGUGUUGGAGUAGACGACGACAAACUGGAGAAUGGGAGUGCAGGAGGAGGCGGCUUCUUUGAGUCCUUCAAGCGGGUGAUGCGCAGCAGGAGCCAGUCUAUGGACGCCACGGGUCUUGCUUUCAAGAAGCCGCACACAUUCUCCACUAGCUUCAGCAGCAGCUUUAACCACGAGGCCGCAGAGAGCCCCAAAAUCCCAGGGAUAUCAUUGCUUGUUCCAGGCAAAAGUCCCAGUAAAUAUGGACGUCGAGGCAGUGCCAUAGGGAUAGGAACAGUAGAAGAGUCAUUGAUAAUCCCGGGGAAAAGUCCAACCAGGAAAAAGUCGGGUCCUUUCAGCGCCAGGCGAAGCAGUGCCAUCGGGAUAGAAAACAUUCAAGAAGUCCAUGAGAAGAGCAUUAGAGAGAGCUCCCCGUAUACCCAAAAGACCCCCGACAGCGGCCACGUCUCUCAAGACCCCAAAUCCGACAACUCGUCCGACCAGAGCUCUCCGGAGGCGCUCACAACUGCCAAGAGCAGUUCUUAUCUCGGUGGCAGGGCUCCGUCCAUCCCCGAGCGUCAUGACCUCUCCCGCUCCUCCUCCAACGCGAGCAGCUUUGCCAGUGUUGUGGAGGAGAAUGAGGCCACAGAGGACUAUGACACAGGCAUGGAGAGUCUGUCGUCUGCCGGGACGCCGCACAAGCGAGACUCCCUCACCUUCAUCACCUUGCUGGAGGACAGCAUCAGCAGCAGUAGUCGCGGCAGCUCCUUGGGGUCUGGCAAACCCGAACGAGGGAAGGGGACAGAUGUGCGUAUCAAACUGGAACGCCCACACGAUCAUCAGUCCUCCUCGAACUGUUAGCUCCACCACAUGGUUGUAUCCUGGAUCUCCAUCUUCAGCAUUCCCAUAAAUCGCAAGUCCCUCUGGGAGGUGAGACAAGUGCAGGCGUUCGCCAUGAGCAAUGAUGAGAAGGACGAAGAUGAAGAAGAUGAGAAAGAAGAGGAGCAGCAGGUGGGGUUUGGCCAGUCUGCUGCUCAGUGAAGGCGAGAGUGCCGCAUAUCCAGACACCUGGAGGACACUUGGGAGGGUGAUGCACAAAGAAGAGCCGGCUUUUGCACAGUGUUGUCUCCUUCCACUCUUUUCUUUGCCUGUUCAAACAUCUGUUGCCAAGCUGUAUGGUGUUGUCGGUGUUGUUGUUUUUUUACCACACCUUUUUGUUCCAAAAGCGCACUUCUAUAAAUGUAACAGUUUUAUUUGUAUAAGAUAUCACUUUGAUUUUGUUUGCCUCGUUGAAGCCCCGGUGUGCUGGCUGUACAGGGUAAAGACGGUGCCACUGGGCUCGCUGUAGAGAUUUCGUGAAGGACAUUUGCUGCAACAGACUGUGGAGAAGAUAAUCCAAUUUCCAAUGCCGCUCAAUAAAGCUCUCAAAUGUGUACAAAAUACCAAAUAUUCAGCUUAAAAAAUAAGUAUUUUUUAACAAAACAUAGAAUGUGAUAUAGAACUGGAUGCUGUUAAAUGUGAUGAUAUUGAUUUAUGGGUACAGUCCAAAUAAAAGGACUGUGCAUAGCUGCAGCAAAAUAAUUGUGCUCUUUCCAAUACAACACAAAUCUACCCAAGAUCAGAUUUCAAACUUCCAGUGAAGAGAGCAAAGUAUUGUAUGAAAUGGCCUUAAAACUUAAACAUGCAAUUUCUUUGUCCCUCAGAUAAAUGUGUGCCUCAUUUUUUUUACUCGCUUGUACUGCGCAAUGGAAUUGCAUUAUUAGAUUAAUUAAUUAAAACUAAUAUAUAUAUUAAGAUCCAUUUUUAAGCACACUAGUUUAUUAGAAAAUGGUGUUGCAUUGCAGUCUGUUUUGUUUGUUUGUGUCUGGAUGUAUCCACCAAUGAGUGAUCUAUAACUGCUGUGGCCGUCUUGUCUGUCGGUGAAGAGUCUCUACAUUAUGUUCAGAGUUUAUUUGUUCUUAUUUAUUGAUUUGGUUCCUGUCGAAGUGGCGUUUAUAGUGUAUAUUUGUUAAACUGUACCUCACUGGUGACAUUCAGCAUCCUGCCAUUUGCUUAUUCUGUAUGUGUUGCUGAGGAGUAAAUUAUAAUGGUGUCAUCUCUUUCAAGGGUCAGAUCUCUUUCAGUGCAGUGAAUUUGCGAUGCAAUUACAAUAAAACAGUGCAUAUUUAUUUUGCUUAUAAAGUGAGAAAAUAACUCUAAAACCAACUACUGAUUUUGUAAAUAGAUAUUCCGUUGGAGUAAAUAGUAUGUAAUGUAUUGGCCAUUCAUUUAAAAUGGGGUUAACCAACAUCUUGAAAUUACUGCCAAAUAAUCAAUACAUUAUUGCUUUGUUUCUCCCUUACUUUGAACAUAAUGUUUUGAGAAAAGAGUUUUGUAAAAGAGAACUAUUUUAAAAGCUAUUCAGACUAUUCUGUCCAAGGGAAAUCUCACAGUCCGUCCUGUUGAUCAUGUCAGUUGCCUUAUCAUCACAAACUGAUGGUGUAAGUAUAGAUAGUGAAGCAAAUAGCCAGAAGGAUUUACAAUGAAUGUUUUGUUGUUGUUUUUAUUGUAAAUAAAUGCCCUGAGAACUU